UUUAACGCGGUCUCCUCAGUGACUUUUUAUCGAACACUUUCCCUUCUCCUAAAACCCUCUCUCAUAAAAAGCGCGGGAAAAAAAGGAAGGAGCAGCCAUGGCGCCUCUGGUUCCAAGCUCUCAGCCAUGGGUCGAGAAAUACCGACCGAAGCAGGUGAAGGAUGUGGCGUCGCAGGAGGAGGUCGUCCGCGUUCUCACCAACACGCUCGAGACUGCCAAUUGCCCUCACAUGUUGUUCUAUGGUCCGCCGGGAACAGGAAAGACCACCACAGCCCUCGCCAUCGCCCAUCAACUGUUCGGGUAAUUUAAAAAGCCCUAAUUUUUAAGCACUAGAGUUUCUAACGCAAGUGAUGAUCGAGGCAUCAAUGUUGUGCGGACUAAGAUUAAGGAUUUUGCCGCUGUUGCAGUUGGUACUGGGACUCGUCCAGGAUAUCCUUGCCCGCCGUACAAAAUCAUAAUAUUAGAUGAGGCUGAUUCGAUGACUGAAGAUGCUCAGAAUGCCUUGAGACGAACUAUGGAAACUUACUCUAAAGUCACAAGAUUCUUCUUCAUUUGCAAUUACAUUAGCAGGAUCAUAGAGCCACUUGCCUCCAGAUGUGCAAAGUUUCGCUUCAAGUCUCUUUCUGAAGAAAUUAUGUACAACCGCAUUUUGCACAUUUGUAAAGAAGAGGGCCUCAAUCUUGACUCAGAGGCUUUAUCCACAUUGAGCUCCAUUUCUGAGGGAGAUCUUCGUCGUGCUAUAACAUACCUGCAGAGUGCUGCUCGCUUGUUCGGGUCCUCCAUUUCAGCCAAGGACCUAAUUAGUGUUUCUGGGGUUAUUCCUCAAGAUGCUGUUCAGGCUCUCUUUGCAGCUUGUAAAAGUGGUCAAUUCGACCAAGCAAAUAAAGAAGUCAAUAAUAUAAUAUCAGAAGGAUAUCCAGUUUCUCAAAUGCUCAAUCAGUUGUUCGAAGUGGUAGUGAAUGCAGAUGAUAUAUCAGAUGAACAGAAAGCCAGAAUUUGCAAGAGAUUGGGCGAAGCGGACAAGUGUCUGGUUGAUGGCGCCGAUGAAUAUCUGCAGCUAUUGGAUGUUGCCAGUAAUACGAUGAAAGCCCUCUCUAACAUGCCAGAAGAGUUGAAAUUUGAUUAGUUGGUAUCAGAACCAGUGGGAAUUGGAGCCCAUCGUUAGUGCUUGAUCUGGUUAUGGCUGAUGACUAAAAUAGGGCCUUGGCUAUCUUACUAACUGUGUAACGAUCAAACCUGUACUGUUGAUUGUUGUUGAAAAUAUGUCUUCUGCCUACCUAUUUAUAUGAGUAGUUUGGAUUAGUAACUGAAGAAAUGUUUUAUGCAUUGCUUUGCUUUAUGCUUGUGAAUUUGGAUCUUAUCUUUGUUUUAGUUACAGGCUAAGGCAGCAAGCUUAGACAUCAAUUAAUGUAUUUUUAAUUUAACUUAUAUUGUACCUUUUCCUAUGCUUUGUUUCUUGGAUUGUCCACUAGCAGCAUGAGAAAAAGAAGGAAACCUAUGGUGACUGUGUUCUUUUGUUU